CGCGCCGGCUACAAAGCGGCGAAGGUCACGGCGCGAGCAGGCGCGUCGCCGGCCGCGUCCCCCGCCCUCUUUCGCUCCUGCGACCCCAGGCCGCCGGAGACAUGGAGGGACUGAGCGCGCUGCUAGCCCGCUGCCCCACGGCCGGCCUGGCCGGUGGCCUGGGGGUCACAGCGUGCGCCGCUGCCGGCGUGCUACUCUACCGGAUCGCGCGGAGGGCAAAGCCGACGCACAUGGUGGUCAACUGCUGGUUCUGCAACCACGACACGCACGUGCCCUACGGAAACCGCAACUGCUGGGACUGUCCCCACUGCGAGCAGUACAACGGCUUCCAGGAGAACGGCGACUACAACAAGCCCAUCCCUGCCCAGUACCUCGAGCACCUGAACCACGUGGUGAGCAGCAUGCCCAGCCCCCAUGACCCUGCGCAGCCACAGCAGUGGGUGAGCAGCCAGGUGCUUCUGUGCCGCAAGUGCAACCACCACCAGACCACCAAGAUCAAGCAGCUGGCCGCCUUCACGCCCAGGGAAGAGGGCAAGUAUGACGAGGAGAUCGAGGUGUACCGCCACCACCUGGAGCAGAUGUACAAGUUGUGUCGGCCGUGCCAGGUGGCCGUGGAGUACUACAUCAAGCACCAGAACCGCCAGCUGCGCGCCCUGCUGCUCAGCCACCAGUUCCGGCGCCGGGAGGCAGACCAGGCCCAGAGCUUCAGCUCCUCUGUGGUGAAGGCCCCGGUCCAGGUCAUCCUGCUCCGCGCCCUGGCCUUCCUGGCCUGCACCUUCCUGUUGACAACAGCGCUAUACGGGCCCAGCAACCCCUUCACCCUGGGUGUCGCACUGCCCCCAGCCCUGCCACCUGGCACCAACAGCUCGGCCGCACCAGACAACAGCACUGCCCCAGGGACCAAGGGCUGGCAACAGCUGCUGGACCUGUUGCCCGAGCACACGGCAGAGACACUGCUGGAGGCCUGGGCCUUCGGGCAGAGCCACCAGAUGGGCAUCGUGGCCAUGGGCCUGCUCACCUGCCUGCUGGCCAUGCUGCUGGCCGGCCGCAUCAGACUCCGCAGGAUCGACGCCUUCUCCGCCUGCCUGUGGGCCCUGCUGCUGGGGCUGCACCUGGCCGAGCAGUACCUGCAGGUGGCCUCGCCUGGCUGGCUGGACACGCUCAAGCUCAGCGCGAUGUCCCUGUGCUGCCUAGUGGGCUUCACAGCAACCGUGGCCACAAGGAAGGUGACGGGCCCUAGGAGGUUCCGGCCCCGAAGGUGCUUUCCCGGAGAUGCCGUGGGCUUCCUCCCCGCCAGCCCCAGCCUUACAGUGCCCAGCCCCAGUGUCACGGGCUCCUCGCCGGCCCUGUUCGUGCCCACCCCACCCGGCUUCCUGCCGCUCACCAACCAGCAGCUGUUCCGGCCGCCCCGACGGGCCUCGCCCUCCUCACUGCCAGGCCGCCUCAGCCGGGCCCUCUCGCUGGGCACCAUCCCCUCUCUGACUCGAGCAGAUUCGGGGUACCUGUUCAGCGGGAGCCGCCCACCAUCCCGGGCAUCUCGCCCCCAGGAGGUUCCCCUUUCGGAUUACUUCUCUUUGCUGUCGGGCCGCCACCUGUCCUCCCCUCUCCCAUCUCCAGCGCCCUCCGUGGCCAGCUCAGUGGCCUCCAGCUACGGCUCUCUGCGCCACCGCAGGCCCCUCAUCAGCCCCGCCCGGCUCAACCUGAAGGGCCAGAAGCUGCUGCUGUUCCCAGCCACCCCCGGGGAGCUGCCCAGCACCCCCAGCAGCUCGGAGGAGCACUCCCCACACAGCGGGAACCUCUUCACCCCGGGGCCACCCCUGCCACCCGCAAGGCAGCCCGUUCCCGACAGGGACACCAUGCACAGCGCCGAUGUGCGCGCCAGACCGGAGAGCGGCAGCCGCUCCAUCAAGAAGGAGGAUGACGCUUCCCAGUCGUCCAUGUGUGUGGUGGACACCACCACCCGGGGGUGCUCGGAGGAGGCCGCCGCCUGGAAGGGGCGACUCGGUCCCUCCUUGACCCAGGGCCUCCUGGCGGUGAGCUUGGCUGCCAAUGCUGUAUUCACCUCCGCCUACCUGUACCAGAGCCUGCGCUGAGCGCCUGGGUGCCAAGGGCAGUGCCCAGGGAGGGCCCGCCCAUCACCACUGCCACGGGACCCUCCGUCUCCAGGGCCCCUGACCUCAGGGGACCCUGAGGGACCUCAAACUCCUGUCCUCAGGACCCUGCUCUUCACCCACUGCCACCUUGGCUGACAUCCGUCGCAUUUGGUGCUGACCCUCCACCCCAAGGCCAGGAAUCCCUGCCCAGUGGGGACGUCCCUGCUGCCGUAAGGCCACUCUUCGGACUGUACUCCCCUGGCACCACACCACCUCCGAGCCCCAUCAGGAUGAAGAGGGCCUGGGAUGGGGAGGCCCCGCCCCUGCAGAGCAGUCCCCUGGGUGACCCCUUCAGGUGGAGUCACUGCCCCUUCCUGUGGCUUCAGGACCCGUGGGACAUCUGCCCCCUGUCCCCUCCUGCCAUGUGCACCCCUCCUCCGUGACUGCUGGCCCCCUGGCCCCCCGCUCAUGCUACCACAGGGACCCGGCCUGGCCCCUGGCUCCAUGCGAGCUACAGUCUUGGAUGACACUGGACCCCUCCCAGCCCUCAGACCCCACCGUCUCCCCCUUGCCCUGCUGUGCCCACCUGACUCCCCCAGGCCACCUCCGCCAACUGCCUUCUACCCCACCCCACUGGUCCCUCCAUGCUGGACAUUCGUCCCCACCCCCACUCUGGGGGACGAGAGACCUCAGCCUGGGCCUGGCCCUGGCCUGGUGCUGGGGGGAUUGGACUCUCGUGCCUGCCUCUGCCCCAGGCGAUUGUGCCUGGUGAACUCUGGGACUAAUGGGAGGGUGGGCGUGGGGCCAGAGAAGGGGUCUUCACUGUCAUUCAGGGAUAAAGUUUAGUUUAUUUUUCUACACUUCUGCCGGGUGAGGCGCUGCCUGAUCCAGGACGCCUCCUCCAGUGUGGGUGCUGUCACACUUCCUGUCCCUCGGGGCACGGGGCGGUGCUGGACCCCAAGUCCCCUGCCAGGGUGAGUUCCAACGUGGAGGUGGCACCUCACUCCCCUUUGUACAGUGGGUGUGUCCGUGUUUCUAUUUUUGUUUUUCAUCUAAGGAAACCAAACUCCAUCCCUGUCCUUGGCCUGUGGCCCUCAGGAGGCUCCCGCUGCACUGGCGCCCAGCUCCCCAAGGGCCCGGGAGGGACUUUGACUCAUGCUUUGUUCCCAACAGAAAACACAACCUUAUUUUUCUUUAUAAAAGUAAAAAAAAUGAAACCAAAAACACGCCAACCUCGGAACUGUA